CUUGCAUUACUGCCGCGUUCAUUGACCCACCUUGACCUUGGUGAUCGGUUCAACAAACCGAUCACACCUGGAUCAUUGCCAGAAACACUUGUGAAUCUCACUUUUGGAAAUGCAUUCAACCAGGCUUUGCCUGUCGGUGUGUUGCCAGCAUCACUGGUCGACCUUUCAUUUGGCAAUAUAUUCAACCAACAAUUGACCAAAGGAGUGUUGCCAUCUUCACUCACAUCACUGAAUCUGGGACGUGAUUACAAACAAAGUGUAGGUCAUACUUUAUUGCCUGGUACACUACAAACACUUUCAGUGAUCUGGCGGACACAGAUCAAGUACAUCAUUUCACCAACAACAUCGUCAUCCGAGUCGGCCGAUCUUGAGUUGUUGGAGAUCAGGGUACCCUUUGUUUGGACGGACUUGGUAGCCAAGAGCAAGGCACGUUCAAUCAAGUUGUUGCGAAUCAAACUAUUUCUGAAGAGGAACUCGACUGGUGAGGCCGAGGUUGUCGGUCCAAUCAUCGUGUCAUUGCCCAACGUACACUCGUUCAACAUCGACUUUGUCUAUCCGCACAACAAACGUGGAUCUUAUCCGAACAUGAAGGAGUUCCAAGUCCAAGCUCGUCGGAUCAACGAACGACUGGUCAUAUGCAACAUGAUCUUCAAUGAU